GGGUUGAUCAACAUUACUUGCAUUGAACCUGCAGUAAUACGCUGAAAGCUUAACUGGUUUCAAAGAUAUAAUAAAUUGAUUCAAUAGCUUCUUCUUGGCUACAGCCAUUGGUAAACGGUGAGUGACAACGGUUUCCACAUUUGUUUGAAUCUGAUAUGAUGUUGGUAUAUAUGAGGUCUCAAUCCCAACAAGACUCGAGAUGAACGGAAGAUAGUCUUUCAUAUUAUCUACAAGCGCUGUCAAAACUUUUCACUGCACUAUUUGAGUCGGAAUUUUUGGCAUCGUUAUAAUGAUUUCAUCGCUUCCCACUCUUGGGUUCUUUCUGGUUCUUGCGGAUAUCACAAAUGCUGCCUUUAAACCCCCAUUCAACAACACUCUUGAGCCGGGUGUAGCAACUGAAUGCAAGACGUGUCCUUAUUCGCUUUGCACAAAUAAAGAAUUCUAUGACUACAGCACCGUUGUAACGCUCGUUUGCUGGACUACUGGUACAGUCAUCGAUGGUGAUAGUACGUGGCUGAGAACAAGUGACGACUGCUAUGUAACCCAAUACGACCUCACUGAUUAUGCUGGAGAAUAUGAAACCGAUCUCAGCUUUUGUGGCCCAGAUUCUACUAUUGAGCAUAUAACAACAGCUCCUGCAACCACAAAAUACAACACCGAAUGUAAUAUUUGCGAUGAUAAUGCGAGUUGCGAGGUUGUCAAGUAUCUGAAAUAUGGAACUGAUAUUACGGUGACUUGCUGGACUGAUCUUGGGGAUCUCGUGAUCAAUGACAGCACCUGGUUGAAAACCACAGAUAACUGUUAUGUGGCACAAAUUGGUCUUGAAGAGCCCGCCGAUAAGUCAGAGCUUGACUAUUGCGGCCCAGUAGGCUUUAUUCAACUAAACUACACAACACCAGAGAAGCGUGCACCUUCUCCACUCAAUGCUAACGAGAACUCACAUGGCUCUCUCGCUAAACACUCGCCCCCUUCCUCGUCUAAUGAUCUUAACAAACGGUACCUUCUCAACAUCACAGUCGGUGAAGAUUACGCUCCUUGCUACAGUACCCCCUCGUCAGCAAGUCAAUUGGUCAAGAGCUACGAAUGGGAUCAUGGUGUUUGGGUACAAUGCUAUGUAGAUAAUUUCGAAACUACAAAUCCCAAUGAGACGUAUUGGUAUCUUACGACGGAUUUCUGUUAUGUGAGAGAGGUGGAUUUUUGGGAGAGUUUGUUUGAUCAAUAUCGAUUCCCAGAUUGUGAUUUGUUUGAUGGCGGAGAUGGAAGUGGGGAUACAGUUGAUGCUCGUGCGAUUUCUGAUUAGAACAAUAUCACUUAAGCUCCGCUUUGAGUUGCCCUUAAUAUAUGUUACAGCUUUAAUUCCAAAACAUCAUUAUUCCAGACUCCUCAUUACAAUCAAAGUUGACUAUUGAUGUUCAAAAUUUACCUCGGAAACCAAUACCUGCAACAGGCCACUUUAAUCAUUCUUUUGAUAACA